AUGGGCUGCCGGGAUGUUCACGCAGCAACAGUACUGGCCUUCCUCAGUGGAACAGCCUCAGUAGCUGGGCUCCUUGCAGCAGUUCUGCUUCCAAACUGGAGGCAAAUGAGACUGUACACAUUCAACAAGAAUGAGAGGAAUGUGACCAUUUACACUGGACUCUGGAUUAAGUGCGCUCGCUUCGAUGGGAGCAGAGACUGUGUGAUAUAUGACCCGCAGUGGUACACUGCUGUCGAUCAGCUGGAUUUGCGUGUUCUUCAGUUUGCCCUCCCGCUGAGUAUGUUCACUGCAGUCUCAGCUCUGUUUCUCUGCUUGAUUGGCAUGUGCAACACAGCCUUUGUAUCAAGUGUGCCAAACGUCAAGUUGGCCAAAUGCCUUGUGAACAGCGCUGGCUGCCAUCUCGUGGCUGGGCUCUUGUUCCUGCUUGCGUGUGCCAUUUGUCUCACUCCGUCAGUCUGGGUCAUUUUUUAUAACAAUUAUCUGAACAGAAAAUACGAGCCUGUCUUUAGCUUUGACAUCUCUGUAUUUAUUGCCAUUGCCAGUGCAGGUGGCCUGUUUUUCACUUCUGUUCUGCUGUUUCUGUGGUACUGCGCAUGUAAAAGCCUGCCUUCUCCUUUCUGGCAGCCCCUCUAUUCCCAUGCCCCCAGCAUGCACAGCUACGCCUCUCAGCCCUAUUCUGCACGCUCGCGCCUCUCUGCCAUAGAAAUUGACAUUCCUGUUGUGACACAUGCAUCUUAGGAGGACAAAAUCUUGGAAGCUGAGUUCUUGUGCUCAUUUAAACUGU